GGCUGCUUCAGUUCAUGGUUGACAUCCGCUGCUGCUGGUGGUUACGGUGAUUUUUAGUGCGAGCGUGAUUUCCACCAACCGCGGUUCUAAUUGUGACAGUUUGUUGUGUUCGUCCGUUCAACCGACAUGCAACAUGGUGAUAGUAAGUGUGUUAGUGUCCGUGAAGUGGAAAUAUUAAAUAUGGAGCAAAAAUUUUACGGCCAUUGUUUGUGAUUUAUGGUGCAUAGGGAGGUUUGGUUAACAUUCAACCUGUUGCACCUGCUUUUGAUGUGGUCUAGGUGGUUUUACCGAUGUUCGUUGAAUUUAAUAUUGAAGCCAAUCAAGCAGAAAUAUGAAGCCAGUCAUCGCUAAUAUUAUGUGGAGCUUACUCUUGAAGAAUACUGGAAGUUAAGAUGAGCUAGAUAAAUUGGCCGUUUGUUUGAGUGGGGUGUGUGUGUGUGUGUGCGUGCCUGUGUGAGCGUCUGUAGUUGUGCAGUGUUAAGCGAGAAGAAGAGAUACUAACCGUACCGAACCGACAACUCAAUCACAAUGGUAAGCGAGAACUACACGCUGAUGCUGAUGGAUGCGACGAGUCGGUACAAUCUGUCUGCGUUCAGUACCGACGCCGGUCCAACCAUGUCGCACGAGGACGAGACGGAGAUGAUCGUCUCCACGAUAGUGGCGAUCUUUUUCGGCUUUAUCGGUAUUACUGGGCUGCUGGGGAAUGCGCUCGUCGUGCUGGUUGUGCUGUCCAACCCACAGAUGCGCUCGACGACCAACCUGCUUAUCAUCAACCUCGCCAUCGCAGAUCUGCUGUUUGUCGUGUUCUGCAUUCCGUUCACUGCCACCGACUACGUGCUUGCGUCCUGGCCGUUCGGCGAGCUAUGGUGCAAGAGCGUCCAGUACCUGAUCGUCGUGACGGCACACGCCAGCAUCUACACGCUCGUGCUGAUGUCCCUGGACCGGUUUCUGGCCGUGGUUCAUCCGAUCGCGAGCAUGGUCAUACGCACGGAGCGGAAUACCGUGCUGGCGAUAACAAUCCUCUGGGUGCUGAUCAUCACCACCGGGCUACCGGUGUCGUUUGCGCACGGAAUCAAUAAAUUCAAAUACCACGACCGGGAGAUAGAAACAUGCGGCUUUCUCGAAAAGGAUAGUCCCUCCUGGGCCGCCUUCCACAUCGCGUUCUUCCUUAGCUCGUACGUGGUCCCGCUCAUACUGAUCAGCGUUCUGUACAUGUGGAUGUUGUCCCGGCUGUGGCGAAGUUCGGUCGGCGGUCGUUCGGCCGAAUCGAAGAAGGGCAAAAAGCGCGUUACCCGUCUUGUGGUGAUUGUGGUGGCAGCGUUUGCUUCAUUAUGGUUUCCCAUACAGGUCAUCCUGGUCCUAAAGAGUGUGGACGUCUUUAAACCAGACACGCAUUUUAAAAUUUCACUACAAAUCGUCUCGCACGUGCUGGCAUACACGAGCUCGUGUAUAAACCCGCUGCUGUACGCGUUCCUGUCCGAAAACUUUCGGAAAGCAUUCCGUAAGAUUGUUUACUGUGGACCGGGGAGCCGUCGCCAGGGCAGCCAGCGACAUAUGCCACUGCCAACGAAAACGACGCGAACCGGCAGCUGUCCAGACAUUUUAUAACCGGAAACAAUGGAGGAAACGUCCGUCACCUUCGUUUAAUACACUCUUUGUUUUCGCACAGUGCAGCCCAGUAUCUCCGUUAUUUCCUGUCCUCGACGGAGCAUCAGCGCAGCGGUACAAGCUUCUACAAAACGGUUCACCAAAUGGCUUAACAGUGAUGCAAACCGAACCAACCAAUCGUUACCAUAAUCACUCUCAUCAUCAUCUUCAUUAUUAGUGGUAGUAAUUAACAGAUCGUUUCGUGCCGAAUGAAGCGUUUAUCAUAAUAGACACAAUUUGCAGGUCCAGCCCAAUGUCCUACUUUAUUAAGCUUAUCUACGUUAUAUGAGCUUGCGCUUCAUCGUUACUGUACUGUGCUUUACAAGUUUGUUACGUCAAGGUAAAAACGUAUAACAGAUUCAAAAUAAACAAUUUACAACUAUUUUUUUAAGCGAAACUUUAUCUUCUGCCAGCAAUGAUCGUAUCAACAGCGUGUAAAUGACAGGGUUCAGUUCGACUGUGGCAGACUAGCACAACGAUUUACAUUAGCUCGAAAGCAGUUUAUGGUUAGAGAUAAAACAAAUCAGUCACUUUAUUCGAGAUGUUUCCUAUUGUUAUUAAACGUUAAGCAACGAACUGAACAUAUUCAGUCCUGAUACAGGAUCCAUUGGGGUGGGCGAACGAUGAGAGCUAAAUCGAGCUACGGCUGUUGUGGGUGGUGUUAUCCAUUUAGAAGCGCCACUAACGAGUAGUAAUUACGAUUCAUUCGACUAACAAGCAGAAACGAAGUAAAAUAGAACAUUUCUAUGUGUAAAUAAUUGCAACUAAUGCUUGACAAACAAUACUGAAUGGCAAUGGUUGGUUCGUGUACUAGGGAACAAACCCAAAACCUAAAGUGAAAAAAUACCGUACGGACUUGUUUGAUGAAAUGACGAGGUGUCAGGAAAACAAUUGAUAGUUGGUUUCAAAUGUACCAUUUCAGUAAAACAUAAUCCCUAGAUAAAUCUCAAACGUGAGUAACUGAACAGAGCGUCACACGUCUGACGAACUGCGUAGUACAAUUAAGCAAUGGAUGUAUAGCGUAACACGCACUGGCGGUUCGUUGCUUGCUGUGUGGCUUUGCUUUCAAACGACUUAGGCUGGACAAAUGAGCCCCACCGGUGUUCUGCGAAGAUCAAGUGCAGGAAUGGUUUGUGUAUGCGUAUGAAAAUAACAAACAGAGAAGCAAAAGUAAAGGAAACCAUGAUUUCCCAUGUUCCAUUCGCGUCUGGCACUCUUGUAGGAGCACCUGUGCUGCUUACGCCAUGUUUUGUUUGCACGUGACGACUGCCAAACAUCGAUUCGGAUUUGUUUCGGGUCACCGUUUGAGUUAAGUACGUGACAUCAAUCAAACCAAGCGUACUAGCGGAUCACAACACCAUUCCGGUACAUGUGUUGGCGCGUUGUUCCGUGAUAAACUGCUCUGCACAGUCUCGCUAUACGAACGGAGAAUUGUGUCGCAAACAACGCCAACCAAAAAGGGGUACCAGAUUGUAUGCUGAUGCUCUCUGCAUUCCUCAUUUGUGAAAAGUUAAUGGCCGGCACCACUUUUAGGACUCUAAAACGCGCCCCGAUUCGCGUAUUGUGCUGCUAGCUAUCCAAAGGCUGUCACAAAGCUAUUUUCAUCAACAUCGCCAUCGUCAUCAUGAUCAUCAUCAUCAUCCACAUACAUUGGUUUUGGAGAGUGAGGAAUUUUGGGAACUUCGGUGACAGUUUGCUACAAAAGUUCCUUCUCACCAUUCGGGCGCACAUUGGGUAACGGUCGCAUCGAAAGAAAGACGCGAAGGAUGGUGGAGCACGCCUGGUUCGGUGGUACGCGAACGUCAUAAAUCGCUCCUUACUGUACUCAAAUGCUCAUAUCAACACAUCACCAUGUGCGUCCCGAGAAUGGAAAAUUAUACCGAAAGCAGCUUGCAAAACGUGGGCCCGUGCUUGUAUUUCUGUACUUGUAUCAGCGUGAACUUUCCCAUCCAUCAGCAAACCAAACAGUGGCAUGAAUAUGUGUCCUUCGAUGAACAAAAACGGAAUGUACGUAAAAUCCCUCAUUUAUUCUGCACGACACAAAAAAGAAAACUCCAAACAACCAUGUGCUUUCCUGUCGUUUUGUCGUUUGUUUUGCUAUCCUUUGCAGCUGCUGCGUGGUACUUCCUUUUAUAGCAAACUCUAAUCAGCAAACCAUUUCACUGCACUUCUUUUCACGGAACACCACUCUUUAAGCCUCCGUUUGAAAGCAAAAGCCACACUGAAAUCAACGGGGAAAAUUGAUAAGUACGGAAGUAGGUAGUGCGUUCGGUAAAAGUACUAAUAAGAGUUUUUGUUACGCUUUUCAAUUGGAAAGCCUAGCAGAACAAAAAAACCUGAUGCGGCAAACGAGUGUGUACAAAAGUAUCUACAGUAUCCGAGCCGAAUGUCAAUGUUAGGUUAGCGCUGUACGUAAAUUACACUGCUGUACACGAAGCUACUGAUUACAGCGUUCGAGGUAAAAAGCAGCGCGUGCGUGUGGACGGAGUGAUAAAACUUCAGUUAACACGUUCAGUUAGAUAUGAAGAGUUUCGUCUCUAUUGGCAGAGUGCAAAACAAGAGAACUUUUGCGAAAAUAUGUCCAAACGAAAAUUGUAACUUAAAUAAUAUAAAGUAUAGUAUAGUAUCUCAAAGGAUGCAAAAAGGUAAGGUUGCGGGUUAAAUGGUAACAUACGAAGUACCAAAUUAAAGUAUAAUGAAACGUCGGUCAUGGCUUUUAACAAACAAAUGAACGUACUAGAAAGAGCCGUAUGAAAUUUGACAUGAUUAUUGAAUCUAUUUUUACGCACUGGUAGUACGAAAAACAGGAAAACCUGAUUGCCCGAAAGCUGUACCCACUUCAAACGGCACAAUGAUUAUAAAGCUAAUGCAGGACGAGCAGAUUCGAGGAUUACGGACGGAUGUGUGUACACAGGCACUCCCCGGUAUCCACCCAUGCAGCACGAUGGUUUGAUAUGAGUCAGUAAAGCAAAACUUUAUCAAUUUAGCGUUAGGUUAGCAUGUAACAUAGCUGGCAGCUGUUGGGUUUUGCGGUUGAAGCGAUUCAACGACUAUCAUACAGGGGGUGAACAGCAAGCGAGGAAACUAAACAUCACUUACACUCUUGUGUUAUCCAAUGUAUGGCAGCUCCAGCGAACGUGUAAGUAUGUGAUGUUAAAAUUGAACGAAAAAUACAAAAAAGAAAAACGUUAGAAAAAAACAAAAAAAAAACAAACAAAACGAUAAAUACAAACGUCAAAACGCAAUCAAAUGUCCAACCACAGUGCGUAAAAGGAGAAUGGUGUGUGUUUUGUUUGAGGUUUUUUGAGAUCUUCUUUUAGUUUACAAUAGUGCUGCUUGCAUCAUCACCACAACAUAAACCAUUCAAAACGAAUGUAUUCGUUGCGGUUUGUGUUUCAAAAGUGAACAAUAAAAACAAUUUUAAAGCACAAUACUUCAGUAGGCAAGGCAAAAGCAAACAAAAUUUGCAUACUAAACGCGCUUUGCCUGUAUUUACUUAACGAGUCGUGGGAAAUCAAUUUAGGUUUCAAUUCUCUCAGUUUGAAAGCAACCGUACAACGUCUGAACAAUUGGGCAAACGAUUCGAUAGAUAAACAAAUUGCUUUCUUAGCCAAGUUAAGCCAGUGUACGAUAAACAAUUUUUAAAGUCUAUCCAACAGUUGAAACAAUAAACAUUUGCCCGAAAAGCAUCACGAUCGGUUUUGCUGUUGCAGUUUCAUUUCGAUGCAAUUUCUGCGAACAAU